GAUCAGACGAAUCAACCAUGAAGACCUCCACCAUCCUCAGCCUGGCCGCUGUCCUCAUCGGCCUGGUCGUCAUCGAACAAGCUCGGAGCCAAAAUUGUAAAUGUAAAACCCUUGCAUUGGGGAAGUGUGAUGCAGCAGAUGGUAAUGCACAGGACUGCAAGUGUGUCCUCCAAAUAGGUACAGAUGAGAGGCCGGUGAACUGCACCAAAUUAAUACCCAAAUGCUGGCUAAUGAAGAGAGAGAGCGUUGGAACCAAAGCUGGAAGAAGACCGAGGCCUCAAAAUGCUCUAGUUGACAACGAUGGGCUGUAUAAUCCUGACUGCGAGGCCAAUGGAGCAUUUAAAGCAAGACAGUGCAACAACACUGAUACAUGCUGGUGUGUCAACUCCGCUGGAGUCCGAAGAACAGAUAAAGGAGACAAAAACAAGAAGUGUGCAGAGCUGGUUAGAACCUUCUGGGUGAUCGUUGAGAUGAAACGAGAAGACACUGAUAAUACACAGAAUGGUGCAAUUGAGACGGCUCUGCGAAGCCUGAUUACAAACAGGUACAACCUGCCUCCAAAGUACAUUGAAAAAUUUGUAGAAAACUCCAUCUUUGUAGAUCUAAAACAAAAUUCUUCAGUGAAAGUUCUUGAUGAUGUGGACAUUGCUGAUGUUGGCUACUACUUGGAAAAAGAUAUCAAAGGAGAUCCUAUCAUGCAUGCAGAUGAGAAAUUUGAAUUCCUUGUCAAUGGCAAAAACUUUGUUGUGAAAGAGCCUCUUAUCCUCUACGUUGAUGAGAAGCCCCAUGAAAUCAGCAUGAAGCAUCUGACCCCGGGUGUGAUUGCUGUCAUUGUGGUUGUGAUCGUGGCAAUUAUUGCAGGAAUAGUAGUCUUGGUUCUGACAAGGCGAAAGAGAGGCCGCUAUGAAAAGGCUGAAAUGAAGGAGAUGAAUGAAAUGCAAAAAGAACUCAACUCGUAGAUCUGAAGCGUAAACUGGAUAAAAUCUUUCAGGGGGCCAUGUGACUGAUGUGC